AUGGUCACUACGCACUCAUCAGCCAAUGUGAGCACUCUACAGGCUUGGAGUGCGGGAGAGCCAGGGGGCACUCGACGCCCUCAAGGCAGGAAGCACUCGUCGCCCCCAAGCCAGGAGGUACUCGACGCCCCCAAGCCAGGAGGCACUCGAUGCCCCCAAGCCAGGAGGCACUCGACGCCUCCCAAGCCAGGAGGCACUCGACGCCCUCAAGCCAGGAGGCACUCGACGCCUCCCAAGCCAGGAGGCACUCGACGCCCCCAAGACACGAGGCACUCGAUGCCCCCAGGCCAGGAGGCACUCGACGCCUCCCAAGCCAGGAGGCACUCGACGCCUCCCAAGCCAGGAGGCACUCGACGCCUCCCAAGCCAGGAGGCACUCGACGCCUCCCAAGCCAGGAGGCACUCGACGCCUCCCAAGCCAGGAGGCACUCGACGCCCCCAAGCCAGGAGGCACUCGAUGCCCCCAAGCCAGGAGGCACUCGAUGCCCCCAAGCCAGGAGGCACUCGACGCCUCCCAAGCCAGGAGGCACUCGACGCCUCCCAAGCCAGGAGGCACUCGAUGCCCCCAGGCCAGGAGGCACUCGACGCCUCCCAAGCCAGGAGGCACUCGACGCCUCCCAAGCCAGGAGGCACUCGACGCCUCCCAAGCCAGGAGGCAGAGGCACUCGACGCCCUCAAGCCAGGAGGCACUCGACGCCUCCCAUGCCAGGAGGCACUCGACGCCUCCCAUGCCAGGAGGCACUCGACGCCUCCCAAGCCAGGAGGCACUCGUGUCACAUAG